UGCGGGCCGGACGUCAGCUAGGCACGUCCCCCACGUCCUCUCCUGCUAGCCACUUAUUAUUUAUUCAUUUCCCUUAAGAAGCAGCCAGGGCCCUGAGCUUACAACUUUUUCUCCCCCCUAAUGCGAGACCAGGCCAGAUCCCAUCCAACACAUAGUUUAAUUUUCAUGGGGCUCUGGGAUCAAAAGAACAGAAACAGCAACAUCAAAAGCCCAGCCGCUAUCUGAUUUUAAACUGGCAAAGUGGAAAAAAUAAGUGUUGAGUAAACAGACCAAGCUGGGUCAUGGGGAGUUUCAGAGGUCAUGCCCUCCCUGGAACCUUCUUCUUUGUCAUGGGCCUUUGGUGGAGUACAAAGACUCUUCUGAAGUAUGUCUGCAAAAAGCACAAACGGACCUGCUACCUUAGUUCCAAAGCAUUAUUCCAUCGAGUAGAAAUUUUGGAGGGAGUUGUAAUAGUUGCCAUGGCUUUUACUGGCAUGGCUGGGGAACAAUUUAUUCCUGGAGGGCCCUACCUGACCUUAUAUAAAGAAGGCCAGUGGAACCAACUCCUCGGCUGGCAUCACUUCACAAUGUAUUUCUUUUUUGGGAUGCUUGGUGUGGCUAACAUCUUAUGUUUCACCAUCGGUUCACUUCCAGUCUCCUUAACCAAGUUAAUGUUGUCAAAUGCCUUAUUUGUGGAGGCUUUCAUCUUCUACAACCACACUCAUGGCCGGGAAAUGCUGGACAUCUUUGUGCACCAGCUGCUGUUCUUGGCCAUCUUUUUGACAGCCCUGGUGGCCUUCAUGGAGUUCCUCAUACGGAACAAUGUACUUCUGGAGCUCCUGCGGUCAAGCCUCAUCCUGCUACAGGGGAGCUGGUUCUGGCAGAUUGGUUUUGUCCUGUAUCCCCCCAGUGGAGGUCCUGCAUGGGAUCUGGUGGAUCAUGACAACAGUAUGUUUCUCACCAUAUGCUUUUGUUGGCAUUAUGCAUUGGCCUAUAUCAUCAUUGGAGUGAAUUAUGCUUUUGUCACCUGGUUGGUGAAAUCUAGACUUAGGAGGCUCUGCCCCUCAGAAGUUGGACUCCUGAAAAAUGUUGAACGAGAACAAGAAUCAGAAGAGGAGAUGUGAUUUUGAUGGGCAUCUAGUCUAUCUAGAUAAACCUAUUCUCUUUUGCAUUGUCUUUGCUCAUGGUUUUGUUUUUUUGACCUUUUGUUGGAGAUCAACAGGCAGAGGAUGACUGUUGUUUGUAUUUCUAAUUUAGUUAAAGUAUUUGAGUUUAAAUGUUUUAUUUUAGCUUUGAGAAUACUUUGGGUGAUAAGUUCAUUUUGCACAGAAUGAUAUUCAGGGGCUAGAGUGAAUUUUCUCACAUCAUGUAUCGUUUGAUGCCCAUAUUAUGAAACAUAUUUGUUUUAUGUGCCUUAUAGACAGGCUCAAGGUUCCCAGCCUUGCUACCAUUUCUAACUUGUUGAACACAGAAUUAUAAAUGUUUAUCUUGUUGCUGCAAUGAGAGAUAAAUAAAUGCAUGUA